AUGUUGGUAACAAGGCCUAGCUUUCGAGGAGUUGGCUUAUUUGCUACAGCUAAUUUCAGAAGCUUGAGCACGGUUCCCGCUUCCAUCUUGGACGUGUUCAAAUAUCCUCCUCCCUUGAGUUCCAGAUUAAGUGUGAGAGGCUGGGUCACGGCAGUCAGAGCACAGAAAAAGAUUGCAUUUGUACAAUUGACAGAUGGCACCACCUCACAGACUCUUCAGUGUAUUUUAGACCCCUCGCUGGUGAAGGGGCUGAAAACAGGAGUUUCCGUGGAGCUUGAAGGAUCAUGGAGUGAGUCAAAGGGUAACGGUGCUUAUGAGUUGAAAGUUGGUCCUGAAGAUACGGUAAAGAUACUUGGUGAUAUUUCCGAAACUUACCCGUUACAAAAGAAAUUUCAUAGUAGCCAGUUUUUGAGAACGAUACCGGAGUUCAGGUAUAAAACAAACACACUAGGCGCUUUGAUGAGGCUCAGAUCCAAUGUGGACUUUUCAUUAAAUCAGUUCUUCAACACUAGUGGCUUUUACAAAACCAACCCACCAUUGGUGACUUCAUCUGAUUGUGAGGGUGCAGGUGAGUUGUUCACCAUUGAGAGCAACUCCAGACAAAAAGGAGACACAGCUUUUUUUGGAAAGAAAGCGUACCUUACCGUUUCCACCCAACUUCAUUUGGAAGUGCUAUGUAUGGCACUGAGCAAAGUCUGGACGCUGUCACCGUGCUUCCGUGCAGAGGAAAGCGAUACAAAUAGGCAUCUGAGUGAGUUCUGGAUGAUGGAAGUGGAAAUUGCCUUUGUGGAAGAUGUUCACCAGCUAACCAAGUUUACCGAAGAGAUGAUAAAGGCCACUGUUAGACCCUUGUUGGAAGACCACAACGGAAUCGGCACGGAUAUAAAGGACUCCAAAAGAGACCCCGAAGUUGCUAAGGAAAUGGAACUGAGAUGGAAGCAGCUUCUAGCAAAGGAAGACUGGGACUGCAUCACUUAUACCAAAGCGAUAGAGAUUCUUGCCGGGGCCCAACGUGACGGAACUGUAAAAUUCGAAUACGAACCAGUUUGGGGAGACUCUCUUCAGUCAGAACACGAGAAAUGGCUAGCAAAGGAGUACUUCAAAGGCCCAGUUUUUGUGACAGACUAUCCGAAGGAACAGAAACCUUUUUACAUGUUGCUGAACUCGGAUAAUAAAACUGUUGCAUGUUAUGACCUGUUGGUUCCCGAGAUUGGUGAGUUGGUAGGCGGGUCUCUUAGAGAACAUGAUCUCAAGAAGCUGCAGAAUGAAAUUGAGAGGAGAGGGAUGAAUGCGGAGGAGAUAGAGUGGUAUGUAAAGCUCAGAGAAAGCGGAUCGGUCCCUCAUGGUGGUUUUGGUAUGGGGUUCGAGAGAUUGCUAUGUUAUCUGGGGAACGUGGACAACAUCAGGGAUGCAAUUCCCUUUCCAAGGGCAGUGGACAGUUGUGUGUGUUGA